CGGUACCAGUAUUCCAUAGCACUGGCUAAGAGAAUAAAAUUUCAGUUAAAUUGCAACGUUGUCAAUGCCAGUUUCUGUCAGUCUGCUGAAUGCUACUAUUGCUUUACCAUGGCUUGCAUACAAUCCUGUACGAAUCGCGUCGGUUGGCCUAAAAGUGAAAUAAAAACCGAAAUAAAAACUGAAAUGUCAAACAUGAAAUUCAAUCAGGGAUCUUUGACGUUGCACAGAACUAUCAAUUUGUACCCUUUGUCAAACUACACAUUUGGAACCAAAGAUCCUUUAUUUGAAAGAGAUCCAUCAGUUCCUGCACGAUUUCAACGAAUGAGGGAAGAAUUUGAUAAAGUUGGAAUGAGACGAAGUGUAGAAGGCAUCUUACUAGUUCAUGAACAUGGGCUACCUCAUGUUUUGUUGUUACAGUUGGGAACCACUUUCUUUAAACUGCCAGGGGGAGAGUUAAACCCAGGAGAAGAUGAUAUCGAAGGGUUGAAGAGACUACUAACAGAGAUUUUAGGAAGACAAGAUGGUGUAGUGCAAGAUUGGCUUAUUGAAGAUUCAGUCGGAAACUGGUGGCGUCCAAAUUUUGAACCACCUCAAUAUCCAUAUAUACCUCCACACAUAACAAAACCAAAGGAGCAUAAGAAACUUUUCUUGGUUCAGCUUCAAGAAAAAGCUCUCUUCGCAGUACCCAAAAAUUACAAACUUGUUGCUGCACCCCUUUUUGAAUUAUACGACAAUUCUCAGGGAUAUGGUCCCAUCAUAUCCUCUCUUCCACAAACAAUGAGCAGAUUUGAUUUCAUAUACAUGUAAGGAAACUUCACAAGCCCAAGUUCCCUACACAGUCCAAAGGCGAGGGUUCUGCAAAAUAGUCUCAACAAUUUGCGUGUUUUUUUAUUUGUGGCAGUGACUUUGACGCUUAUCUAAGUGAAAGAAGAAACGAAGGCUCAUUUAAUUCGUUAAUCGUCUUAAUGUGCGGCUGAAUUUGAUUCAUUCAAUAAAUGCUUAUACAAGCAAA